UUUGUCGUUACCACUCACCACCGAAAUUUGAGAAAAAAUAAUAUCAGUUCCCCCCACUUCUUGUUGCUGGCGUUGAAACUUUGAAGCAACAACUUCCUAGUAAUUGUCACUGUUUCUUCUUCGUCUGCCUCUGCCCACGAAUAUAGCAGUCAACACAAAUGAUCAAGUUUCAGUGCCAUUCUGCAAAUUGAGCAACCUUUUCCUUUCUGCACCUGCCUGUUAAGCCCGUCUUCACUCAGAUCCAAAGGCUGUUCUGGGUUAAUUCAUCAAUAAGAAUGGCUUUGCAUGGUUGCUAUUGUCACCAUAUAAAGUUGACAAAUCAUAGAAGAACACCAGACUCCUUCAGCUUCUCAUCCUCCAUUUCGAAUCCCAAGCUUCCAAAGAAUAAAAGGGCACAGCGUGAUUCAUCAGAGAAUGAUGCAUAUCCCAGGUUCCUGGUUGUAAUGCGUCAGACAGAAUUGCCUGCAUCAAAUUCAAAGUAUGGUACCAAUGGAAAAGCUGUUAGAAUGGUACCCUCAAGUGAGGUAAUGAAGAGAAGCACACUGUCAGAUAAUAAGGUGAAGACAGUGAAUGGUGCAAAACAAAAAGUUAAUGGAGCAGCAACUAUUGUAAAAAGAGAUGUUAGCCCACCCUUGACCAAGGCAGUGAAAUCAAGAACCUCUCAAGAACUUCCACCCCUGGAGGAGCUCAAGGUUUUGCCCUCGGACGAAGGCUUCAGUUGGGCUAAUGAGAAUUACAGUUCUUGGCAGAGAUCUAUUGAUGUUUGGUCUUUUGUGCUUUCUUUGCGUAUUCGGGUUCUAUUGGACAAUGCAAAAUGGGCAUAUGUGGGAGGCUUCACAGAAGAUAAACAGAAAAGCAGAAGGCGGAAAACAGCGUCGUGGUUAAGGGAGCGUGUGUUGCAGCUUGGUCCAACUUUCAUCAAGCUUGGGCAGUUAUCAUCAACAAGGUCAGAUCUAUUUCCACGUGAAUUUGUGGAUGAGCUAGCAAAGUUGCAGGACAAGGUCCCUGCCUUCUCUCCAAAGAAAGCAAAAAUCUUCAUUGAGAGUGAAUUGGGAGCUCCCAUUAGCUUACUGUUUAGGGAGUUUGAAGAUCGGCCAAUAGCCGCUGCUAGUCUUGGUCAGGUUCAUCGUGCUAUCCUGCAUAAUGGAGAAAAAGUAGUCAUCAAAGUUCAAAGGCCUGGUCUGAAGAAGCUUUUCGACAUUGAUUUGCAAAAUUUGAAGCUGAUAGCAGAGUAUUUUCAGAGAAGUGAGACUCUAGGGGGUCCAACUAGAGAUUGGGUUGGUAUAUAUGAAGAAUGUUCAACUAUUCUGUAUCAAGAAAUUGAUUACAUAAACGAAGGGAAGAAUGCAGACAAGUUCCGCAGAGAUUUUCGGAACGUGAAGUGGGUUCGAGUACCUUUGGUAUAUUGGGAUUACACUGCCAAAAAGGUGCUGACACUGGAGUAUGUACCAGGCAUCAAGAUAAAUCAAGUGGAUGUGUUAACUUCGCGUGGCUGUGAUCCGAUAAGGAUCUCAUCACGUGCUAUUGAGGCAUACUUGAUUCAGAUACUGAAGACUGGUUUUUUCCAUGCGGAUCCUCAUCCUGGAAAUCUGGCUAUUGAUGUGGAUGAAGCACUUAUUUAUUAUGAUUUUGGGAUGAUGGGGGAGAUAAAAUCUUUUACUCGAGAGAGACUGCUAGAACUUUUCUAUGCAGUUUACGAAAAAGAUGCCAAAAAGGUAAUGCAAAGCCUCAUAGACCUAGGAGCACUUCAACCUACAGGGGACUUAUCAUCAGUAAGAAGAUCUGUCCAGUUUUUCUUGAACAAUCUGCUUAACCAGACACCAGAUCAGGCACAGACAUUUUCUGCCAUUGGUGAGGAUCUAUUUGCUAUAGCACAAGAUCAGCCAUUCCGUUUUCCAUCUACCUUCACCUUUGUUCUCAGGGCCUUUUCAACACUUGAAGGCAUAGGGUACACACUGAAUCCAGAUUUCUCCUUUGCAAAGAUUGCUGCACCCUAUGCACAGGAACUUCUAGAUUUAAGGCAGAGGCGGCAAACCGGGCCGCAAAUCGUGGAGCAGAUAAGGAAGCAAGCAGAUGAUGCAAGAUCCUACACCAUGUCAAUGCCAUACAGAGUUCAAAAAAUAGAAGAGUUUACAAACCAACUUGAGACUGGGGAUCUCAAACUGCGAGUGCGGGUGCUCGAGUCUGAAAGAGCAGCUAGGAAAGCAACAAUUUUACAAAUGGCUACUAUGUAUACUGUAUUUGGAGGUACACUGCUCAACCUUGGAGUCACUUUAAGCAGCCAAGGCAAUGGGGCUAUUGCAAAUGGAUCAUUCAUUGGUGCAGGUGUUUUCAUGACACUAUUUCUGAGAUCCAUGCAAAGGGUGAAGAAGCUUGAAAAGUUUGAGAAAAUGAUAUGAUUACUGCUUCCUAUUUUACCACACAUUCCAUUCUUUGGGCUAAUGCAAAGUUUGCUUGGUCUCCAUUUUCUUAUAUACAACAUUCAAUUUUUUUCAACUUUCAAAUAAAUUUUACACACGCAUGCCUGCCAAGCUAUAUAACACGAACCAUGACAAAUAGUCUUUGUAUAACAAACAUAUUGUUGAUAAGGUUCAA